AUGUUGAGUGCCAUUCUCCAAUCCCUUACGCGCCCUUCCGAGCUUCAAGCUCUUGUGUCGUACAAGUUUGCUCCCAAGUCUGAAAACAUCCGGAUCCAUCAAGAGAACUUGGCCAAGGAUGAAAGCAAGCGCCGAUGCUAUUACUUUCUGAAUAAGACUUCUCGUAGCUUUGCAGCCGUCAUUCAGGAAUUGGACGAUCAGCUUCGCGACGCUAUUUGCUUGUUUUAUCUUGUACUUCGAGGCUUGGACACUGUUGAGGACGAUAUGACAUUGCCUUUGGAUCGUAAAGUUGAAGUACUUCGUUCUUUUGAUAAGAUCAUCUAUCAGCGUGGAUGGACAUUCCAUGAAUGUGGACCGGAUGAGAAGGAUCGUGAGCUACUCGUGCAUUUUGAUGUGGUGAUUGACGAGUUUUUGCGUUUGGAUGACAAGUUCCAAAAAGUGAUUGCCGACAUCACUCAUCGUAUGGGCAAUGGCAUGGCGGAUUAUGCGGCAGGAGAGCACCGUGAGAAUACAUCUGUGGCGACUAUUGCUGAUUUCAACCUCUAUUGCCACUAUGUUGCUGGAUUGGUGGGCUAUGGUCUUUCGGAUUUAUUUUCGGCUUCAGGAUUGGAAUCACCCCAAGUAGGAGAAAACAAGGAUCUCUCAAAUCGUAUGGGCUUGUUCCUUCAAAAGACCAACAUCAUCCGUGACUUUCGUGAAGAUCUUGAAGAAGGUCGUCAAUUCUGGCCACGUGAGAUUUGGGGUCAAUAUGCAGACGAAUUUUCCGACUUUAUCAAGCCCGAGAACAAGGCCAAGGCACGUGCAUGUCUCAACGCCAUGGUGCUUAAUGUCCUCGAUUUGGUCCCUGAUGUCUUGACGUAUCUCAAUCAACUUCGCAAUCAAUCGGUGUUCAACUUUUGCGCUAUCCCUCAGACCAUGGCUAUUGCCACUCUCGCACUCGUUUUCAACAAUAUGGAAGUCUUUGAACGCAACAUCAAGAUCCGCAAGGGUGAAGCUGUCAAGUUGAUCCUCGCAAGCAAAGACAUGGACAGUGUUGUCGCCAUUUUCAGACACUACAUUAGAGUCAUUUCUCAAAAGAACGAGGCUGAUGAUCCCAACUUUAUGGAAAUCUCGAUCGCUGUUGGCAGGAUCGAGCAGUGGAUCGAAGCAAAUACAUCCUCGAAGGCCGUCACCAAGUCAUCUUCUGUUGCCUGGAUGCCUGUCGUUGUAUGUAUUUUGGCCGUUGUCGGCUAUGCAUUUAUGCAACAACUUUCCCAAUGA